ACGACCCUCAGCAGGUCAGACCCAGCUAUUACGUUUCCUAGCUAAAUCUCCGAUUUUCCUACGUCUUGUGAAAAAUACCCGACUGGAACUUGGGAGUCACAAAUGCCUUUAAUUCAGCCAGCACCUCUAGCCAGCAUGUGUGGUUGAAUAUAUAUUUGUCCAAUACAAGGAAAUAAAACUGUCGCUUGUCCAUUCAUACUAUCCAGUGGAGUGUCAGUCUGUGUGGAUGCAGAGAAGAUGAGUGCGGUUGAUGAAACCAAUGUGGAAAAAGGCAGAGUGGCAGAUAAAGCACUCGGUGAAAAUGCUCUGUUUGGAAUGGGCAACCCCCUCCUUGACAUCUCAGCUGUUGUGGAUAAGGACUUCCUUGACAAGUAUGGCCUGAAGCCCAAUGACCAGAUAUUGGCUGAGGACAAACACAAAGCCAUGUUUGACGAAAUUGCAAAGAAGAGCAAAGUUGAGUACCAUGCGGGAGGCUCUACCCAGAACUCGGUGAAAAUCGCCCAGUGGAUGAUCCAGAAGCCCCACAAAGUGGCCACUUUCUUCGGCUGCAUUGGAUCCGACCGUUUUGGGGAGAUCCUGAAGCAGAAGGCGGAGGAGGCCCACGUGGACGCUCACUAUUACCAGCAGACAGACGAGCCAACCGGGACCUGCGCUGCCUGCAUCACCGGUGACAACAGGUCUCUGGUAGCUAACCUGGCCGCGGCUAACUGCUACGACAAGGAGAAACACCUGGAUCUGGAGAGCAACUGGGACCUGGUGGAGAAGGCCAGGGUCUAUUACAUAGCGGGUUUCUUCCUGACCGUGUCCCCGGAGUCCAUCUUGAAAGUGGCGAAACACGCCUCCGAAAACAACAAGAUAUUUGGCCUGAACCUCUCGGCUCCCUUCAUCAGCCAGUUCUUUAAGGAUGACAUGAUGGAGGUCAUGCCCUACGUUGACAUCUUGUUUGGCAAUGAGACGGAGGCGGCCACGUUUGCCAGAGAGCAGGGUUUCGAGGAGACAGGUGACAUUGCGGCGAUCGCCCGAUGGGCCCAGGCCCUGCCCAAGGUGAACCAGAGGAGACCACGGACGGUGGUCUUUACUCAGGGCAGAGAUGACACCGUGGCCACUGUAGGUGAGAAGGUGACCAUGUUCCCCGUUCUGGACAUUGACCAGAACGACAUCGUAGACACAAAUGGAGCGGGAGACGCCUUUGUGGGCGGCUUCCUGUCGGAGCUGGUCCAAGAGAGGCCAUUGGAGGAGUGCAUUCGUGCGGGCCACUAUGCAGCCAAUGUCAUCAUUAGACGGGCAGGAUGUACCUUUCCAGAGAAACCAAACUUCCGUUAAUGUGCCAUCAUCCCCCCAGCACUGCGCUGUCAUUUCCACGUCUAUUUCCUUACAGCGCCUGGGCCAAUAAGCUGUGUGUAUUGAAUCUGAAUGCCUCAAAGGUUGCUACAAGUUUAUGACACGUCUGUGGACACAACAGGCCAUCGGCAUUGUACUGUGUGUCGUAACUUGACUACAUUAUCGAUUGUCAGUGAUUGCAUUUCCUUUAGUUGAUUUUUUUUUCCGUAAGCUUUCCAUUUACCAUCUGUCUUUUUUAAAACGACUACAUUUAAUUUCACUUUCAUUUAACUGUUUUGACUGUGUGUAUCUAAGGGACAUGCGUCAAAAUAUGUGCUCUGCUAUUCAACCGUUGCAAUGUCUGACAAUUAGGACCAGGAGUUUUUCCUGGUCAGGUCAAGAUUUGGUCUAGCAAAACUCAGGGUCCUAUUAUAAAUAAUGGUUGACUCUCUGAAGUGUAGAGUUUGAUUUCAUUAUUAUUUUCCUCAAUGUUUCUGUAUGACAAUAAUAAAACUGUUGCCAUGACGCACACAGUUGUUCAUUAAAACACCAGCCGUGGGUGGUCUGAGA